AUGGAGGCCAUCAAGCUUGGUUACAGGCACUUCGACACUGCUUCCAUUUAUGGCUCCGAACAGGUUAUGGGAGAAGCCAUUGCUGAAGCCCUUAAACUUGGUCUCAUAAGCUCUAGGGAUGAACUUUUCAUCCCUUCCAAAUUAUGGUUAUUUGAUAACCAUCCCGAUCUUGUUCUUCUUACUUUACGCAAAUCACUUCACAACGAUGCAGUUAAAGAACUCGCCGAUCUCACAGAUAUCCUUGACAAGAUGGACUGCAUUGUCAUCAUCCUCGUAGGCCUCUCGGAGCAACAUGAUAGCUGGGCUCCUCUAAAGGUGGUGCAAGAUCACCACCUUGCGGCGGACGCCCUCAACGUCCACGAUGGUGUAGAGCUUCCGCUUGGAGAUGCUCUUGCACGUGAGCAACUCGAGCGUCUCACGGACGAUGCAAUAACAAGAGCAAAGCCGAUAAUAGAGAAUUGUGAGAAGAUGAACAAUUAA